GAAAAGGCUAAAGAGAAAAUAUGGCAUUUUUAUUCAUUGUUUACAUAUGUUUUAGUUACACAUUCGGACUAUUGUCACUGAUGCAUUUUCAUCUAAUUUUUCCCAUAAUAAGAGGAUGAAAUGUGUUGGUGGCUGUAAUAGAGCCACCUCCCUCAGACUACGUUGCUCUCCAUGGCCCAUCCCAAGUCUCACACUUCAAGCUAAUCAUUGACAGAGCUUUACAAUCACAAGCUUUUACUGAAGCGUUGAUAAGACAGUCGAGCAGUUAGUGGCGAGUGAAGCCAGGCUGUGCGGCAGAAUCUCCAGGGAAUGAAUGGAUUUGCUUCAGGACUGAUGAAAGCAACAUACGCUAUAGGGAAACAAUGUCCACCGGGGGACUGCAGAGAUCUGUCAUCCUGUCAACAUUUAUUCUCCUCCGAGCUGUUACUGGAUUCUCCGGAGACGGAAGAGCUAUAUGGUCUAAAAAUCCUAAUUACAGCCCGGUAAAUGAAAGUCAGCUGUUUCUCUAUGACACUUUUCCUAAAAACUUUUUCUGGGGCGUUGGGACUGGAGCAUUUCAAGUGGAAGGGAAUUGGAAGGCAGAUGGAAGAGGUCCCUCUAUAUGGGAUCAUUUCACCCAGACGCACCUUAAAAAUGUCAGCAGUGUGAAUAGUUCCAGUGACAGUUACACUUUUCUGGAAAAGGACUUAUCGGCUCUGGAUUUUAUAGGCGUCUCUUUUUAUCAAUUUUCAAUUUCCUGGCCAAGGCUCUUCCCCGAUGGAAUAGCAGCAGUUGCCAAUGCAAAAGGUCUCCAGUACUAUAACAGUCUUCUGGACGCUCUAAUACUUAGAAACAUUGAGCCUAUAGUAACUUUAUACCAUUGGGACUUGCCUUUGGCACUGCAAGAAAAAUACGGGGGGUGGAAAAAUGAAGUUCUAAUAGAUAUCUUCAAUGACUAUGCCACAUACUGUUUCCAGACGUUUGGGGACCGUGUCAAAUACUGGAUUACAAUUCACAACCCAUAUCUAGUUGCUUGGCAUGGGUAUGGGACAGGUAUGCAUGCCCCUGGAGAGAAAGGAAAUUUAGCAGCUGUCUACGCUGUGGGACACAACCUGAUCAAGGCUCACUCGAAAGUUUGGCACAACUACAACAUAAAUUUCCGCCCACAUCAGAAGGGCUGGUUAUCGAUCACACUGGGAUCCCAUUGGAUUGAACCAAACAGACCAGAAAACACGAUGGAUGUACUCAAGUGCCAACAGUCCAUGGUUUCUGUGCUCGGGUGGUUUGCCAACCCUGUCCACGGGGACGGGGACUACCCAGAGCUGAUGAAAAAGCAGCUGCUCUCCAUUCUGCCCCUUUUCUCAGAAGCGGAGAAGAAGGAGGUGAGGGGCACAGCUGACUUCUUUGCCUUUUCCUUUGGGCCCAACAAUUUCAAGCCGCAGAGCACCAUGGCUAAAAUGGGACAAAAUGUGUCACUCCAUUUGAGAGAAGUGCUGAACUGGAUUAAGCUGGAAUAUGGCCACCCCCGGAUCUUGAUUACUGAGAAUGGCUGGUUCACGGACAGUCAUGUGAAAACAGAAGAUACCACAGCCAUCUACAUGAUGAAGAAUUUCCUCAACCAGGUUCUUCAAGCAAUAAGGUUUGAUGAAAUACGCGUGUUUGGUUACACUGCCUGGUCUCUCCUGGAUGGCUUUGAAUGGCAGGAUGGCUACACCACGCGCCGAGGAUUAUUUUAUGUGGAUUUUAAUAGUAAACAAAAGGAAAGAAAGCCCAAGUCCUCAGCACAUUACUAUAAACAGAUCAUACGAGAAAAUGGUUUCCCUCUAAAAGAGUCCACCUCCGAUGUGCGGGGUGAGUUUCCCUGCGACUUCUCCUGGGGUGUCACUGAGUCUGUCCUCAAGCCAGAGCUGGUGGCUUCCUCCCCACAGUUCACCGACCCUCACCUGUAUGUGUGGAAUGUGACAGGCAACAGACUGUUGCACCAAGUGGGAGGAGUGAAGCUGAAAACACGGCCAGGUCAAUGCACAGAUUUCGUCAGCAUCAAAAGACAGGUUGAGAUGUUGGCAAGAAUGAAAGUCACCUACUACCGGUUUGCUCUGGACUGGCCCUCAGUCCUUCCUACUGGCAACCUGUCCACAGUUAACCGACAAGCUCUGCGGUACUACAGGUGUGUGGUCAGUGAGGGCCUGAAGCUCAACAUCUCCCCAAUGGUCACCUUGUACUACCCGACCCACACCCAGCUCGGCCUCCCCACGCCGCUGCUGCAGAGCGGGGGGUGGCUGAACCCAUCCACGGCCAAGGCCUUCCAGGAUUACGCCGGGCUGUGCUUCCAGGAGCUGGGGGACCUGGUGAAGCUCUGGAUCACCAUCAACGAGCCCAACCGACUGAGUGACAUCUACAACCGCACUGGUAACGACACCUACCGGGCAGCCCACAACCUGCUGAUCGCCCACGCCCUGGCCUGGCACCUCUACGACCGGCAGUACCGGCCGGCCCAGCGCGGGUCGGUCUCUCUGUCUCUGCAUUCGGAUUGGGCGGAACCCGCCAACCCCUAUGCAGAGUCGCACUGGCAGGCGGCAGAGCGCUUCCUCCAGUUCGAAAUCGCCUGGUUCGCCGAACCCCUCUUCAAGACCGGGGACUACCCGUUGGCCAUGAGGGAGUACAUCGCCUUCAAGAACAGGCAAGGGCUCUCGCGCUCCACGCUGCCUCGGUUCACCGAGGAAGAGAGGCGGUUAGUCAAGGGCGCUGCCGACUUUUAUGCCCUGAACCACUUCACCACCAGGUUCGUGAUGCACGCGCGCCAGAACGGCAGCCACUACGACACGGACAGGGACGUCCAGUUUCUGCAAGACAUCACCUGCCUGAGCUCCCCCACCCGCCUGGCCGUGCUGCCCUGGGGACAGCGGAAGGUGCUGAGCUGGAUCCGGAGGAACUACGGAGACCUGGAUGUUUACAUCACGGCCAAUGGCAUUGAUGACCCAGCUCUGGAAAACGAUGAACUCCGAAAGUACUACUUAGAGAAAUACAUUCAGGAGGCCAGGAAAGCAUACCUGGUUGAUAAAGUCAAAAUCAAAGGCUAUUAUGCAUUCAAACUGACUGAAGAAAAAUUUAAACCCAGAUUUGGAUUCUUCACAUCUGACUUAAAAGCUAAAUCCUCAAUUCAGUUUUACAACAAACUGAUCAGCAACGGUGGCUUCCCUUCUGAGAACAAUAGUCCUAGAUGCAGUCAGACUCAAAGAAACACAGAGUGCACUGUCUGCUUAUUUCUUGUGCAGAAGAAGCCACUGAUAUUCUUUGGUUGUUGCUUCUUCUCUACCCUGGUUCUACUUUUAUCAAUCACCUUUUUUCAUAAGCGAAAGAGAAGAAAAUUUUGGAAAGCAAAGAACUUCCAACACAUACCAUUAAAGAAAGGCCACAAGAAAGUUCUUAGCUAAACUGAUCCUACUUCUGCCUGCAUGAUAGAAAGCUUAAAAAUUCACUCCAGUUCCAUGUACUCAUAACUUACAGAAGAUAUACCUAUACUGUAACAAAGAAAAUUUGAGAUAUUAGUGGUAGCCAAGAUGAUGACAAUCGAUCUCACUUCUGUUUCAAAUGAAUUUUCCUGUAGGUGUCUUCAUGUCAGUGAAUUCAGUUCUUGGAUCUGAAGAUAAAGGCUUUACCUAGACCAGCAAUUAUCAACCUUUUUCAUCUCAUGGCACACAUAAACCAAUUAACAUUCUGCAGCACACCAA